AUGUAUAUGGCAAGACGGAAAAACGUUCCUAUAUAUCCAAAAUCUUUUGAUGAAGCCAUAGAUAAAAUUUGGGAAAUGCAAAACGAUGAUAUUUUUAAAUUUAAUAAUAAAAAAUUUAUCCACAUUCCGAUGAAUAAAUCGUUUAUUUGUAUCACGACUGAAGAUAAUUUGAAUUUUAUGAGUUCUUGCACAGAAUAUUUUUCAGAUGGCACAUUUCAAUUCGCACCUAAUUUUUUUAUGCAAAUGUAUACUGUCCAUUGUUUCAAAAAUGGCUUUUAUUUACCAGUUAUUUUUAUUUUUUUGAAAGAUAAAUUUAAGCAAACAUAUAUCGAAAUGUGGAAAUUUAUUAAAGAACUAUAUUUGCAACACACAUCUCAAACCCUAAAUUUAUGCAAAUUACACAUCGACUUUGAAAUAGGAGCACACGAAGCUGUGAGGGAAGUUUUUCCGAAUGUACAACUUAUUGGAUGUCGUUUCCAUUUAAGUCAAUCUUGGUGGCGUUAUAUAAAUGCAAAUAAAAAAUUGAGGACAGCAUACUCGGAUGAUAAAAGUUUAUUAGGAAAAUGGUUAAAAAUGUUUUUUGGUCUACCAUUUCUGCCUUAUCAAAUAGUCGAAGACGGUUUUGUUGAAUUAGUAGGUGAUUGUCCGGAUGAAGAUGGCCUAGAAUUUUCGGACUAUGUGUUAAAUAAUUAUAUACAACCAAAUUGUAUAUUUCCAACUAAUAUAUGGGCUGAAGAACCUUCAAUAAAUAAAAGAACAACAAAUGGUCCAGAGAGUUUCCACAGAACUUUUAACGCACAAUUCUAUAGCUCACAUCCACCAAUAUACUUUGUGCUUGAGGCAUUGAAAGAAAUGCAGGCUGAAACCAAUAUAAAAAUAUCCACUAUACAAAAAAAUAUAUCCAAAGCUAUUCCAUCUAAAGAUAUGCAAAAAAUGAACCAUGUUAUAAAACUAUACGACCAAUUUAAAAUAGAUGGUAAUAUAUUAAUUUUUUUAUCAGGGACUGGUUAUCGAUACCAAGGUUUUAAUUUAUAA